CAACAAAGUUCCACCCCGCCAUCCGCUGACAAAUGACAGCGUCAGGUCUGCAGGGAGGACAAGACGUGUUAGUCGCUUGCAGCACGUAGCAGCACUCUAACCUCUUGGAACUGCGGCGAUAUCUCCGUCGGAGCUCUUGAGAAAGCUUGCAGAGGCUUCGUUAUAUGUAUAUAAGACCGAAGCUUGCAUUGUCACGACUGUUCGUUUGUCUUGGUAGUCAACCCAAAGUGACAUAACAACAUAACAUUACAAGUCAACAGCAGCCUCAAAUUUCCAUACAAACCACAAGACUCCAUACAAACCACAAUAUGAUUGCGAAAGACGACAAAGCUUCGGCUUCUUUCAUCCCACUCGCCAGCGUCGCCGAAGACGGCUGGUCCACGGAAGACGAGGCGACAGCGACGUGUCUCUGCGGUACGGUGCAACUUGCCUUCCCGACCCAAGGACCCGGCCUUGUCAGACGCUUCCUCUGCCACUGCGCUGAUUGCCGCAAGAUCUCCUCAUCCAUGUUCUGCUCCAACUUCACUGUGGCCGACAGCCACUUGCGCCACAUCCGGGGCAAGGAAAACCUCAAGUCCUUCGCCCAGUCGCAUACAAUCGCCACAGGCAACAGCAUGACAAACUACUUUUGCAGCACGUGCGGCACGCUGCUCUACCGCGUCAGCUCAGGCUUCCCGGGCAUGAGCAUUUUGCGUAUCGGCACAGUCGACGACUUCCGGCUCGCCGAGACUAAGCUGAAACCGCAGGCCGAGACGUUUGUCGGUACGCGCGUGGCGUGGUUGGCGCCAGUGGAGGGGGUCUCGCAAGUGGAAGGGAUGCCUCCGCGGGAGUAAAUCGAAAGCGUUCCGUAGACAGCGUCUCUCGUUAGAGUAAUUCGAAAGCAUUCCGUAGACAGCGUCUCUCGUUAG